AUGACAGCAACGGUCACAGAUAAAAAGUCAUGCUCUACUUCAGUUGAAGCAGGAAAGACAUGUUUAACCACUGAAUGGAAGCCUGAAAGCCAAGUCCCCCAAUAUGUGAAAAAUGAGCUCUCUAAACCCCAUCCAAGUUAUAUUCUGGCCUUUUUGAACGUGGUACAGCAAUUGAAAAUCCAGAAAAGAACCGGUUAUCUUGAUCUCGGCAUUAAAGAAUGUGAGAGCAUAUCAGAUCACAUGUACAGGCUAGGAAUAAUCACCAUGCUCAUCAAGGAUCCGAGGGUUAACCGCGAUAAAUGUGUCCGGAUCGCCUUAGUGCACGAUAUUGCCGAAUCUUUAGUUGGCGAUAUCACUCCAGUCGACCCUAUUGGGAAGGAAGAAAAACAUCGUCGAGAAUGGGAAACCAUAAAGUAUUUAUGUGAAGUCCUGAUCAAUCCAUACAAUGAGAUCGCAGCAAAGGAAAUUAUGGACGAUUGGUUGGCUUAUGAAAACGUCACCUCAUUGGAAGCUAGGUACGUGAAAGAUAUCGAUAAAUAUGAAAUGCUUGUACAAUGUUUUGAAUACGAGAGGGAGUACAAAGGAACUAAAAAUUUCGAUGAUUUCUUUGGGGCCGUGGCUAGCAUAAAAACCGACGAAGUGAAGAGCUGGACCAGUGACCUUGUCAUGCAGCGUCGAAAAUUCUUUGCUGAUUUGACCCAAUCGAUAAAUAAAUAG